UGCCCUUUUAACGGCACUUGACGUGUCUCCGUCAACACAACAAUGGCGGACGCCGCGGAGGAAGCUCUUCACGGCAGCUGGGACCAGGAUCUAGCCGAUGCUCUGGAUUCUGGUGGCUCUGACAUGGAGAUGGAGAGAGGCAUCACCCAGGUCCAGGAACAUUCAGCUCAACACAGAGCCAAGAUGUGGAAGAUCGCUCUCAAUGUCUCUGGAAAAGGAGACAGUCUGUCUCCCUGGGACGGCGUCUUCGAUUUACCAGAACAGACAUCAAUUCAUAAUCGAAGUCAACAGCUGAUUGAUCAGCUGGGAUUAUCGGAGGAGGAGAGCAGCGACAUGGUGUCCGAUGUUGAGUCAGUCAUCACUUUCUACUGCAAGUCCCGUAACAUCACCUUCACUCCAGAGCUGAGCUGGCCGCAUCUGCUCAAACCACUACUAGGGCUUCUGCUUCCCCGCAGCGACCUCUACAACUGCUUCUAUGCUGUAAUGAACAAAUACAUCCCCAGGGACUGUGUGCCAAACGGCCGCCCCUUCCACCUGUACAGACUACUGCUGCAGUACCACGAGCCUGAGCUCUGCUCUUUCUUGGACACCAAAAAGAUAACACCUGACUCCUACGCCAUUAACUGGCUGGGCAGUUUAUUUUCCAGUCACUGCAUUCCUGAUGUUACCCAGGCAUUGUGGGACUCCUACCUCCAGCAGGCUGACCCCUUCCUCAUCUUCUUCAUCAUGCUAGUUAUGCUCGUCAAUGCCAAAGAGGCCAUUCUUACACAAGAAGGAGACAGCAAAGAAGAAAUAAUCAAAAUGCUGGAAGCGUUCCCUUCGCUCCUGGAAUCUGAAGACGUUGAAGAUUUGUUUUCUCUGGCUCAGUAUUAUCAGAGCAAGACUCCUUUGUCGCUCAGAAAGAUGAAUCAGAAUCUGUUUGGUUGCAGCCUGGUGGCUCUGAAAGAGGAGGACACAGACCUGAGUCAGGCUCUGUGUCUCCCUGUGUCUGUCCCUGAAAUCCUGCAGGCCAACCAGCUUCAGCAGGAUGGUGUGCGGUUCUUUGUGGUGGACUGUCGGCCUGCAGAGCAGUACAACGCUGGGCAUCUGUCCACGGCCUUCCACCUGGACUCUGACCUGAUGCUCCAGAAUCCUUCUGAGUUUGCUCUCUCUGUGAAAUCCCUGCUGGAGGCUCAGAAGCAGUCUUUAGAGUCUGGUUCCAUCGCCAGCGGAGAGCACCUGUGCUUCAUGGGCAGUGGGAGGGAGGAGGAGGACAUGUACAUGAACAUGGUGUUGGCCCAUUUCCUGCAGAAAAACAAAGAAUAUGUUAGUAUCACUAAAGGAGGUUUUAUGGCUCUUCAGCAGCAUCUGGUUGACAUUAAUGUGGAAGGCCUGGACUCUUCAUACGUCCACUGGAUUGUCAGCACAUCAGGGUCUCACAGCAGCCUCAGCUCUGCUGAUGGAGAGUCUCUGAGCAGCCCUGGAGACGGCAAAGGUGUGAAGUCCCUGGUCAACAAAAUGACAUUUGCUCUCAAGUCCAAAUCGGUAAACGUGAAGGAGAAGAUGAUCAGCUUCAUUGAAAAUACCUCCACCCCUGUAGACAGAAUAUCUUUCAAUCUGCCUUGGCCAGAGAAGGUGAUUCCUGAUCGGCACGUGAGCAGCAGCGACCGUGUUGGCAAACCUUACCGAGGUGUUAAACCUGUGUUCAGUAUCGGUGAUGAAGAGGAGUAUGACACAGAUGAGAUUGACAGCUCCUCAAUGUCAGACGAUGACAGGAAGGAGAUUGUCAACAUUCAGACCUGGAUAAACAAACCAGACGUAAAGCAUCACAUUCCAUGUAAUGAGGUGAAAGAAACUGGCCACAUGUUCCCGAGCCACUUGUUGAUCACAGCGACUCACAUGUAUUGCCUGAGGGAGAUCGCCUCAAGGAAAGGCUUCGCCUACAUCCAAUCCAGACAAGCACUGAACUCUGUGGUGAAGAUCACAUCCAAAAAGAAGCACCCCGAACUGAUCACCUUCAAGUUUGGCAGCAACAACUCAGCUGGAGUUGAGAUAUCAGCAGUUGAGAGAUAUUUGAUACCAAACGCAGGCGACGCCACCAAAGUCAUCAAGCAGCAGAUCAUGAAAGUCCUAGAUGCUCUGGAGAGCUCGUAAACAGAGCUGAUGGUGUCACGAUGGAGGGGUUCUCGACGGCCAGCCGUGACGCAAACUGCAAAGAAGAGUCACCGUCUGCCAAGAGUGACACCUUGUCCCACUCUCCCUCGGCUGUCCUCCCUCCUGGACAGAUGCAGUGCAGUGUUGACUGUGCAGCCCUGUGUGUCUGUGUUUGGGACAGGGGAGCUCACUGCUGACUGCAGACCUGCGGGACAGAAUGUGUGUUCAAAUACUUAGGUGCUCUGCAGUCAUCAAACCAUUAUAUAUGUUUUACUUUACUCUUGACAAAACAUGGGAUUACAGUGCAAUUCCACCCUGGCAGUUUCCCUCUGGCCUUAACGUAGCGUACUGACUGACUGACGGACCGACCGGUGGCAAACCUGUUUUCAAUCAUAACACUGACUGAUCUUUUCCUUGGACUUGAGCAUCUCCAGUCUAACUCCUUUGUUUUGUAGUGAACGGUAUCGCAGGUCAGUCAUGUAUCUUAAUUAACUUUUCGGAUGUGUGGAGUAGAUUUAAGGAUCCUUGUUGUGAGCAUAAUUUGGCAAACAUAAAGAUGCAACCCCCCCCCCCCACAACUGUUUUUGUUAACUUUUCUUUUCCAACAGGCUCCUUAAAUAUAUACUAAUUGAGGCUGUUUGAAUAUGUGAUGUAAACUGCUCUAUAUCGGCACGGAUUGCAGUGUAUCUCUGAAAGCAUAUCCUGAUAGUUAGAAUAUGCAGUGAAACUUCUAAACCAGCUCAGAGUUUGAAGUUCCCCUUCUCUCUAGAGACGUGAGCCUUUCACACAGUUUCUGGGUGAUCAUUCACUUAACUUUUACACACAGUAAUGAAUUAACCUCAUCUCGUAGCAGUCUGAUGUAGCUCUCCAAAAGUAUUGCUCACAUUUCUCUGGACUGCAUCAACAGGAGGUUCAGUGAUUGUUUUAGGAGCACGAGCGCCUCAGUAUUUUUCCAUCCCAUUCAGAUUCAGUAUGUGAAUGAUUUUACACUAACAGAAGCAGCACCAUGCUAACGUCUACCUGUUCAGAGAGAAAACGUCACUACAACAAGGACUGUGCUUUGUCAGGAAUUACGAUCAGCCCGUCUCAUCCACUGUAUUAGUCGAAACUUAAGCAUCUCCAGUUUGCUCGCCACUGUUGCCUUCAGCCUCAUGCCUGUGAUGUGUGAUAUUGGCACCAGCAGUGGCAGCAUUUCAGUGUGUCGCUGCUUCCCCUCUAAUCUUAAACUCUCCUUCAGACUCUCCCUCGCUUCGUUCUUUCUCACCAGUUCAUUUGUCUAGUUGUGCAGGCAGCCUGGGUUUCAAGUGUCAAAGCCUCUAAAGUGAUUCAGCACUUUCCUGACAAGCUCCAGUUGAAAUUUCAGUCAGGGGAGGAGAAAUCAUCCUGGGCUAAAACAUGUGGCACAUUUAAAAAUGGGCAACAAGAUGCAGAAACUUGAAUUAAAAACUCCUGAAUCUGGUCUUUCUUCACUGCGGUCCUUCAGAGCAUUCCUGUGUAACCCAUGCAUUGUGUUGUACUUUGUAAUUUUGUGAUACUUUUCAGUAUUCUGUUAACUGGAACAUCCUUCACUGAGAGUGUUAACUCUUUACAUCACUGGCAAAGGAUGUCAACCACUAGUUGAAAUGCAACAUGUCUCAGAUGUAACUGGCACCUUACUGUACUGCUAUCCUUUUCUAAGCGUUGCUGUUUUUAAUAAAUGGAGAUUAUUAAACUGCA